AUGGCUCAUGAAAAGAAUACCAACAGCCCGGAGACCUUUCACGUCUCUGGGCUAGACGAAUGGCGCCAAGCGCUUCAUAACACUGGCCGUCGGCCCCUCCUAACUCACCUCAACGCCGACACAACAUGGCUGAUCCAGAUCCCCCGCCCAACUCAGAUUGCCCGGCCGCAAGUGCGGACGCACUUCAAUAUUCUCAUUGACCCUUGGCUCCAAGGUCCCCAGAGCGAUGUGGCUUGGUGGUUCAGCACGCAAUGGCACGUCGUUGCAUCAAGCGUUGACACUGUGACCAAGCUCAAUGAAAUUAUAUACCAGCUUGAGCAACCAGGGGCCGAUCAAGAGACUUCGAGUGAUGAUGCAUACAAUAUGAUCGAUGUAGUGGUCAUCUCACAUGAAUUCACUGACCAUUGUCAUCAAGCGACACUCCAGGAACUUCCAAAAAGCACGCCAGUGAUAGCCACAGACAUCGCAUCUGAUCUGAUCCGGAGCUGGGGUCACUUUGAUAACGUCAUCACUGCCCCUGGGUUAGAAAAGGAUGCUCCAUGGACAAGCUUGAAGCAUGUAUGCUCUUGUCUGCCCGACUGGCUUGCGAUUGGCAGGGUUGUCACACCAGGAAAUUCACUCUAUUACCAUUCUGCCAUAAUUAUAGCCUUUGACCUAUGCGAUGACAGGGAGCAACGGAGUGGUCUUGGGGAAGCUAUAAUAUACUCACCUCACGGAAUCUCUGGAGAGGAUCUUGCCUUUGUUCCUUCAUCUGGGGUGAAAACCCUCGCACUUCUUCAUGGAUUGCACGAUGUCAGCAUUUGGAUGACAAAACAACUCAAUUUGGGUGCUCUCAACGGCAUUCGUGCUGUCGAGGCAAGCCGAGCAAAAUAUUGGAUCGCCACCCACGAUGAGAUCAAGAAGGGCGGUGGCUUCAUUGCGCCAUUGCUUCGAAGGGUUCAAUAUACCGCCAAGCAGGCUAGUGAAUAUGAGAGGAACUGGCUUCAAGACGAAUCUAAGUUACCGACGUACAUUUUCAAAGAGCUUGGAUCAGGUGACGGUAUUAUAUUGAGAUGA